CUGUGCGUGAUCGUAGGCAAUGGCCCGCGAAGUAUUGGACCACAUAACCCUCCUUUUUUUCAUCAGUUAUUAGGAUGAGACGUCACGGGCUCCAUUCACGGUCAAUGCUUAUUUUGUUUCCAAAUUGGGCCCAAGAUGCGUCUUCCGGGGUUGAUACGGUGGCCAGCGGCCCAGCACUUCCCAUUUGAUGGCCAUGUACACUAUGAUGUGAACUGAUGCCCAUAUGUGGGGUGGGCUUAUCAGGAUCAUCUACAAACACGUUGUCCAUGGAGGGUUUGAUGGAGUGCAACCAACGCGUGGCACGAGGAGGGAUGGAAGCUGGACCAGAUGAAGGACUUGCUAUCCUUCCAGACGCAGCCAAAGAUUCAAUGGAUACCCAGUCGGAUUUAAAUGGAACAACUAAUCAGCAAUCUGUUAUUCAGUCCACAGCACCAGUUGUCCAGUUCAGCAAGAACAAUGUGAUCCUGGUGAACAAAGCCGGUGGUGUCAUCCAGAGCACAUCCUCAUCAGGCCUGCAGACCAUCCAGGUGAUCGACGGCGAGGCGCCGCAGUACGAGGACGAGGCGGCGCGGCGGCGGCGCGAGAUCCUCACCCGCCGGCCCUCCUACCGCAAGAUCCUCAACGAGCUGGGCGGCGGCGAGAUCUCCGAGGACAAGGGCGAUGGCGACGUGGACUCGCCCGCCUCCUACCAGAACAACGGCAUCAUCAAGGUCAUGCCGACCAACAUCCAGAUCUCGUGCGCCGACCCUGUGCAGAGCCUGCAGUCGAUCAGCAUGAGCGGCGCCGGCAGCGGCUCCGGCAACACCAUCGUGCACUACACGCAGGGAGACGGCCAGUUCUACGUGCCCGUGUCGAUACCGAUGAGCGGCGGUCUGAAGCUGGACCAGGGCGGCGGCCAGCACAUGAUCCUGACCACCAACGCCGGCGGCGAGGUGGUCGAGGAGGUCACCAAGAAGCGCGAGGUCCGCCUCUACAAGAACAGGGAGGCGGCCCGUGAGUGUCGCCGGAAGAAGAAGGAGUACAUCAAGUGUCUGGAGAGCCGGGUGGCCGUGCUGGAGAACCAGAACAAAGCUCUGAUCGAGGAGCUGAAGUCGCUGAAGGAGCUGUACUGUCAGAAGAAGCUGCCCUGAGCGCAGCCGGCCACCUGGCUCGUCGGCGGCGCACUUUCGGUUAACGUGCGUGCUUUCGGGGUCGCUUGCUCCGGACGGGCGAGUCUCGUCUAGGACUGGGCGUCCCGGCCGAGGCGUCCGCAAGAGCUGGGACAGCCCCCCGGAGCCGAUCGCGCUUCUCUUCACUAACCGUGGACACUGCGACGGGCAGAAGCGCCGCGUUCAUUGGCCGAGCGGAAGCUACGCUUCUACUGGUGUGCGUGACAUGGCGAGCGUGGUUUGGAGCGCCUCAGCCAGAGCUGACUGCUCAUCGUUAAGUGUGGCCGCAGUGACGACAUUGUUCAUAUUCGCGUGCGCGUUCCGUCGUGGCCGCACUCUCGCGUGUCCAGUGUGUCGCCUGGCUCAUGCGCACGCCCCCCGCCCCCCC